AUGGGGUUUGCUCCUGGCAAAGCUGUGGGCUCCCAUAUCAGAGGGCAUUAUGAGCGAAUUCUCAACCCCUACAACUUAUUCCUGUCUGGAGACAGUUUGAGGUGUCUGCAGAAGCCAAACCUGACCACAGACACAAAGGACAAGGAAUACAAACCCCAUGAUAUUCCCCAGAGGCAGUCUGUGCAGCCCUUGGAAACGUGUCCCCCAGCUCGACGAGCAAAACGCAUGAGAGCGGAGGCCAUGAAUAUUAAAAUAGAACCAGAAGAGACAGCAGAAGCCAAAACUCAUAACCUGAGACGUCGAAUGGGAUGUCCAGCUCCAAAGUGUGAAAAUGAGAAAGACGGGAAGAGCAGCCUCAAGCAAGAACCUGCUGAGAGGAAGGAGUGUAUUACAGAGAGCGAGAAGGAGAAACCCAGGAGUCGAGCGAAAAAAACCACCAGUGCUGUUGACCUGUAUGUCUGCCUCUUGUGUGGCAGUGGCAACGAUGAGGACCGGCUUCUCUUGUGUGAUGGGUGUGAUGACAGUUACCACACCUUCUGCCUGAUCCCGCCACUCCAUGAUGUUCCCAAGGGAGACUGGAGGUGUCCUAAGUGUUUGGCUCAGGAGUGCAGUAAGCCACAAGAAGCAUUUGGCUUUGAACAGGCAGCCAGGGACUAUACCCUCCGUACUUUCGGGGAAAUGGCAGAUGCGUUCAAAUCUGAUUACUUCAACAUGCCGGUCCAUAUGGUUCCCACAGAACUGGUUGAGAAAGAAUUUUGGCGACUGGUGAGCACUAUUGAAGAGGAUGUUACCGUGGAAUAUGGAGCCGAUAUCGCCUCGAAGGAGUUCGGCAGUGGCUUCCCGGUCCGAGACGGGAAAGUGAAGCUCUCUCCUGAGGAGGAGGAAUAUCUUGACAGUGGCUGGAAUUUGAACAACAUGCCAGUGAUGGAGCAGUCUGUCCUCGCUCACAUCACUGCUGACAUAUGCGGCAUGAAGCUUCCUUGGUUGUACGUGGGAAUGUGCUUUUCUUCCUUCUGUUGGCAUAUUGAAGACCACUGGAGCUAUUCCAUUAACUACCUGCACUGGGGUGAGCCAAAGACCUGGUAUGGAGUCCCAGGGUACGCCGCCGAGCAGCUGGAGACCGUGAUGAAAAGGCUGGCCCCGGAGCUCUUCAUCUCCCAGCCCGACCUCCUCCACCAGCUUGUCACCAUCAUGAACCCCAAUACCCUGAUGACUCACGAAGUGCCUGUUUACCGAACUAAUCAGUGUGCUGGGGAGUUUGUGAUCACAUUUCCAAGAGCCUACCACAGCGGUUUCAAUCAAGGUUUUAAUUUCGCUGAGGCCGUUAACUUCUGCACUGUCGAUUGGCUGCCCUUAGGCCGACAGUGCGUGGAGCAUUACCGCCUGCUGCACCGCUACUGUGUAUUUUCCCACGACGAGAUGAUUUGCAAGAUGGCCUCCAAGGCGGACGUACUAGACGUUGUAGUGGCAUCAACUGUUCAGAAAGACAUGGCCAUUAUGAUUGAGGACGAGAAGGCUCUAAGGGAAACUGUUCGUAAAUUGGGAGUAAUUGAUUCAGAAAGAAUGGAUUUUGAGCUGUUGCCAGAUGAUGAGCGUCAGUGUGUAAAAUGCAAAACCACAUGCUUCAUGUCUGCCAUCUCCUGUUCUUGUAAACCUGGCCUGCUUGUUUGCCUGCAUCAUGUAAAGGAAUUAUGUUCCUGUCCUCCUUAUAAAUAUAAACUGCGGUAUAGAUACACUCUGGAUGAUCUCUACCCCAUGAUGAAUGCACUGAAGCUUCGAGCAGAAUCUUACAACGAAUGGGCCUUGAAUGUGAACGAAGCUUUGGAGGCGAAGAUUAAUAAGAAGAAAAGCCUUGUCAGCUUUAAGGCUUUGAUCGAGGAAUCUGAGAUGAAGAAAUUCCCGGACAACGAUCUUUUACGUCACCUCCGGUUAGUGACACAGGACGCGGAGAAAUGUGCCUCUGUCGCCCAGCAGCUGCUUAACGGCAAGAGGCAGACGAGGUAUCGAUCUGGUGGAGGGAAAUCCCACAAUCAGUUGACAGUGAAUGAGCUCCGACAGUUCGUGAGCCAGCUGCACGCCCUGCCCUGUGUCCUCAGUCAGACGCCACUGCUGAAGGACCUCUUGAAUCGUGUAGAAGAUUUCCAACAGCAUAGCCAGAAACUGCUCUCUGAAGAGAUGCCCAGUGCCGCUGAGCUGCAAGGCUUGCUAGACGUCAGCUUUGAAUUUGAUGUCGAACUGCCCCAGCUUGCUGAGAUGCGUGUCCGGCUGGAGCAGGCCCAUUGGCUGGAGGAGGUGCAGCAGGCUUGCCUAGACCCCAGCUCCCUCACCUUAGAUGAUAUGAGACGUCUCAUAGACCUGGGGGUGGGUCUGGCGCCAUAUUCAGCUGUGGAGAAGGCUAUGGCACGGCUUCAAGAACUGCUCACGGUAUCUGAGCACUGGGAUGACAAAGCCAGGAGUCUCCUUAAGGCCAGGCUUUGCCUUUGCUUACCAAACCUCACCAAUCCUGUCCCCGCGUACCUGCCCAAUGGUGCGGCUCUGAAAGACACUGUGCAGAGAGCCAGAGACUGGCUUCAGGACGUAGAGGCCCUGCAGGCUGGAGGACGUGUGCCAGUGUUAGACACACUGAUAGAACUUGUUACACGAGGCCGAUCUAUCCCGGUGCAUCUGAAUUCUUUACCGAGACUGGAGUCACUAGUAGCUGAGGUUCAUGUUUGGAAAGAAUGUGCUGCUAAUACGUUCCUGACUGAGAAUUCGUCCUAUUCCCUCUUGGAGGUGCUGUGUCCUCGAUGUGAUAUUGGCCUUUUGGGAUUGAAGAGGAAGCAGAGAAAGUUAAAGGAGCCCUUGCCAAGUGGCAAGAAGAGAAGCCCCAGAGUAGAGAGUCUGAGUGACCUGGAGAGAGCUCUGACUGAAAGCAGAGAGACUGCUUCAGCUAUGGCAACGCUUGGGGAAGCCCGCUUACGAGAAAUGGAAGCCUUACAGUCUCUCAGACAAGCCAAUGAGGGGAAAUUGCUGUCGCCAGUCCAGGAUGUGGAGAUGAAGGUCUGCCUGUGCCAGAAGGCCCCAGCCGCCCCCAUGAUCCAGUGUGAACUCUGCAGGGAUGCUUUCCACACCGGCUGUGUGGCAGUACCCAGUAUUGUGCAGGGCCCCCGGAUCUGGCUGUGUCCCCAUUGUCGGAGGUCAGAGAAACCUCCAUUAGAGAAAAUUCUGCCCCUGCUGGCCUCCCUCCAGCGUAUCCGAGUUCGCCUUCCCGAGGGAGAUGCGCUGCGGUAUAUGAUUGAAAGAACCGUGAACUGGCAGCACAGAGCCCGACAGCUGCUCUCGUCAGGUAACCUCCAGCCCACGCAGGAGCGGGCGGGCUCAGGACUGUUAUGUGGCAGACGGCAGGCCGCAGCAGGACAGGCGCCAGAGGCAAGCAAGCUGUCUCAGCCUCCUGCCUCCAUGUCCUUCUUGCCCGGUGCCUGGGACGGCAGAACCUCAUAUUUACACUCUCCCUUCUCUGCUGGACGGAGCUGUAUCCCCCUCCAUGGUCUAAGCCCAGAAGUGAGUGAGCUGUUGAUGGAGGCCCAGCUGCUCCAGGUGUCCCUUCCUGAAAUUCAGGAGCUCUACCAGACGCUACUCGCAAAGCCCAGCCCUGCACAGCAAGCUGACCGCAGCUCUCCAGUGAGACCCAGCAGUGAGAAGAGUGACGGCUGCCGUGGGAAGCGAGACGGAGUCGGCGGCCUCGAGAGCAAACUGAAGAGACGCCUGGAAAGAGAAGGUCUCUCCAGUGAGCGGUGGGAUCGAGUCGCCAAAACGCGGACCCCUAAAAAGAAGAGGAUCAAACUGAGCCACCGCAAGGACACGGACGGUUUCAAGUUAGAGCGGGCGCGCGGCCAUGAGCUGGUCCCUUCUGCCGACACUCAGUCCCUGCCUGCAGACGCGUCCUGCUCGGAGCACGAGGACUCUGGGGACGAGGACGCCGUCUGCCCGGCCGUGAGCUGCCUGCAGCCGGAGGGAGACGAGGUCAGUGAGGUUUGGGCCGCGGAGGACGUGCGUUCCCUUAACUCAGAAACCCUGUAA